AUGAGUGAUACAAGUAUUGCUUCGGGCAGAUAUUCAUAUGAUGACUUUCGUCGAAAAAGACGUUCUUCAUCAUUUUGCGAUCGAUAUUGGUUUCACAUCGCAACUACAACACUUGUAAUUAUCAAUUUGGCGAUUGUAAGUGGUCUCGGCUACAUUUUUUAUAAAGAGACGGAACUGACUCAACAGCGCAAACGUAUUCAGAAUGAUUUUAAACAGCAACAUGGUCUUGCUAAUGCAGUGCUAGACUUGGUUGCUAAAGAUGGAUUUAUAGCUAAAUGGCUCAAGAAGAACAAUGUUCAAAUAGUGACAGUUUUCAAAGAAUUAAUCAAUGACAUGGUCACAACAAUUUUCGAACAAUAA